UAAAAGAAAACAUAAUAAAAAUAAAAAACGUAAAAGGCUCCAUUGGGUGCAUCCUAUUGUUGGGGAUAGAUUAGAAAAGGGUAAUUUUCAUACCCUAUUUCACGAUCUUCUUAAAUACGAAUCUAAAUUUUUUAAUUAUUUUCGCAUGUCGAGUCAAUCGUUUUUUGAAUUACAUAAUUUAAUAAAAAAUGACACGAAAAAAGAAGACACAAAUAUGAGAAGAUCUAUUUCAACCGAAGAACGACUUGCAGUUACGUUAAGGUACCUUGCUACGGGAUGCACUUUAACAGAAUUGCAUUACAGUUUUAGAAUUGGUGUUUCAACUUUGAGUUCAAUUAUUCGAGAAAUGUGUAAAGCUAUAUGGACAAACUUAAGGAUAACUUAUAUGCCAGAACCAAAACAAGAAGAUUGGUUGAAAAUUGCAGAUACUUUUUUGAACGUGACAAAUUUCCCUAACUGUAUCGGGGCAAUCGACGGGAAGCAUAUUCGCAUUGUAAAGCCAGCACAUAGCGGAUCCUUGUACUAUAACUACAAACAUUUUUUAAAAUGA